GCUCAAGCCUUGCGACGGAGACCCUCGUUGCGACCAGAUCGGCUUCGACGCCUUCUUUAAGAAAGCCUGUGAUCAUCACAGACCAGCACCUUCCGCAGAUGACGUCUCACCGGCUUCGGGAUGUUUGGGCUGGGAACCUGCAGCGGGAGUUCCUGGCCUUUCAGAACACCCUGCGCCUGGCGGGCAAAGGCGCGUUUGUCGCCAUCGACACGGAGUUCUCGGGCGUUCUCCAGGAGGACGCCUGGAAGAAGUCCAGUGAUUUGCACUACCUGGCCAUGCGCGAGAGCGUGGACGUGUUCCGACCUCUACAGUUGGGCCUUGCCAUCGGCAGCCAACAGGGCCAGUCCUUAGUGGCCUGGAACUUCAACCUCCGCUUCGACCUCCAGGAGGACCUGUACACAGACAGCGCGGUGCAGUUCCUGUCCGGUGCAGGCCUCGACUUCCAGCGACACGCCACGGAGGGCAUCGACUGCGGCCUCUUGCGAGCCCUGCUCGGCGGAUCGGAGCUCUUUGCUCAGAGCUCCUGGCUGACCUUCGCAGGCUCCUACGACCUGGGCUACCUGCUGCGGCUCCUGUCGCCGUCGCCGCUGCCGGCGGCGCUCGAAAACUUCGAGGCGCUGCUGGACGCCCGGUGCGCGGCGCGCGUGGAGCUCCGCGACGCGCUGCCCUUCGGCUCCCUCGCCUCCCUGGCAGAGGACCACGGUGUGCUGCGCAGGGGCUGCGCCCACACCGCAGGAAGCGAUGCUUUGCUGACACUCGACCUCUUCUUCCGCAUGAAAGCGCCUGCGGGCGAGGUUGACGUCAACGACGCGUCAGAAUUCAAGCGGAAAGGUGAUUGCACGACAAAUUCGACACCCUCGGCCCCGACGGGGCCUGCAAGGAGCUCGUGGGGCAAGGCCGCGCGGCUCGAGAUGUACAGCUCAGCCUUCGUCCCCAGCAGCUUGUGGGGCGUGGCAGCGCGGUCCGUGGCAGACGCCAGGCUUUGAAGCCGCGGCUGAGCGAAGGCCUGAAAUGUAGGCUGACAGCUCAG